UUCUGGGGCUCAGAGCAAAUCUCCCCAAGUUACUGCAAACAGCAUCUGCCAGUCACCUCAUCUGUAAGAAAGAUGUCGAAGGAUAAAGUGGAGAUUCACCACAUGGACCUGAAGCAGGGGAUGACGUUGAAGCUCAAGGGGAAAAUUAAUGAUGACGCAAAUGGGUUCGUUAUUAAUCUGGGUCAGAGUCCUGGAAAUUUGGACCUGCAUUUCAACCCCCGAUUUGGGGAGAAAACCAUCGUCUGCAACUCCCAGAAUGGAGGGCGCUGGGAGCAGGAACAUCGAGAUGAUCAUGUUUGUUUUAGUCCAGGGACUGAGAUAAAGCUGACCGUCACCUUGGAGGAAGACGAGUUCCAGGUGAAGCUUCCCGACGGUCACCAGGUGAAAUUCCCCAACCGGAGGAAGUGCAGCCACCUGCCCUACUGCUGUGUGGAAGGCGGGAUCAGCCUCACCUCCUUCAAGCUGGACUGAGGGAGGCCUGGGAGGUGGGCAGGGCCUGAGCAGCUGCUUCCCCUUCCUCCACCCCAUCAAAACCCCAAUAAAAGCCUCUCUCCGGCUCCUCACCA